CCCUCACCAACUCAUACUCACUGAACAAAUCAACAUUCCUCGCAACCAGAUAUCCUAUUGCACUAUCCCAUCGAAGACAUUGCCAUGGGUCCGAAGCAAUUGGACGCCCACGAAGGCAGUGGGCAGAACUCCGAAAGCGAGAAGCCUACCCAUGUAGAGACUGAGCAUGCUGCCGUCACUUAUGGCCAGGAGAAGGACGCCUUCCAGGCUCAUGCGGAUGAGUCCGGUGAGGGCCAGUCUACGAAGAUGACAAAAAGACGUUUCAUGGCCCUCGUUUCACAAGCCUUUCUCUGGACGGGCUCCCAGAUCCCUGUUUAUCUAUUCGGAGGUGUUCCGCCGUACAUCUAUGCUGAUAUCGGGGGACAUGACCGUUGGACCUGGUUUGUUCUAGCCAACCUUCUCUCGCUAGCAGCGGUCUGUCCGUUUGUGGGAUCUCUAUCGGAUAUGUUCGGCCGUCGAUACGUUGCGCUCUCCGGCGCGUCGUUUAUCGUCCUCGGAAUGAUCGUCUGUUCUACCGCUCACACAAUGAAUGUCUUUAUCGGUGGAAUGGUCUUGGCGGGAGUCGGAGCCGGUAUCAACGAACUCACCGCCCUAGCAGCAACUUCUGAGAUGGCACCGACUGCCCAGCGUGGCAAGUACGUCUCCAUCCUGAUCUUCACAAUCGUGCCCUUUUGUCCCUCUGUGCUCUGGGCACAGCUCAUCGCUGCACACUCGACAUGGAGAUACAUCGGCCUCUUCUGUGCUCUCUGGGCUUUUGUCGGUCUUGUCUUGACAGCUUUGUUCUACUUCCCACCGCCUCGUGUCAACUCAGAGGGCCUGACGCGAGGAGAAAUUUUGAAGCGCAUUGAUUUCGUCGGCGGUUUUCUUAGCAUUUCUGGUAUGAUCUUGUUCAUGGCUGGAUUGCAGUGGGGUGGAUACAUGUAUUCUUGGAAGUCGGCCCAUGUCCUUGUUCCUUUGAUUCUUGGUGCGGCUCUGGUGGUCCUCUUUGUCAUCUGGGAGGGCUUCUUUGCGCCGUAUCCCAUGUUUCCCCGCCGCAUCAACCAAGCGCCUCGGAUUCUUACCCUGACGCUCAUCAUCACCUUCAUCUCUGGCGCAAACUUCUUUUCCAUCCUCAUGUUUUGGCCUACGCAGGCUUUCAACGUGUAUGGUCAUGACCCCGUGCAAGUCGGAAUCCGAGGUAUUCCUGUUGGCUUCAGUAUCAUGGCUGGUGCAUGCAUUGUUCUCUGGCUCCUGUCUGUGUUUAGAGGUGCAAACAGAUCACUCAUGGUUAUCUCGAGUAUCCUGAUGACGGCUGGAUGUGGCGCCAUGUCUGUUGCAAGGCCCGACAACAUGUCCACCCUAUGGGGAAUUCUCGUCCUGGCUGGCCUGGGCAUCGGAGGAAUCGUCGUCCCAGCAAGUAUCAUCACGACAAUCAUUUGCCCCGACGAUCUCAUCGCGACUAUCGCAGCGCUUACUCUGAGCAUCCGCGUCAUUGGCGGUAGCAUCGGUUACACCAUUUACUACAAUGUCCUUGUGGCCAAGUUCACACCUGCUGCUAUACACUACAUUGGUGGCGCGAUGGUGAAGUAUGGCAACAUCACCUCAACUGAAGUCAUCGGGGAGGUCAUUGGGUUGACUAGUAUUUCUUUGCUGGACGAGAUUGCCGAGGUACCAGGUAUCGCGGGAAAUGAAGCGCUGUAUAAGAUUGUGAUCCAGGCUGGCCAGAUUGCCUAUGCCGAGGCAUACAAGUGGGUGUAUUAUGUGAGCAUUGCGUUUGGUGCGGUUUCUGUCCUCGCUUCUCUUUUCUUGGGAGAUAUCGGGAAGUAUAUGGAUGAUCACGUCGCUGUGGUGAUGUAAGGCUGUUUUAUGUACAUAGGCAUCGCGGUGAUCUACUACAGGCCAUGAGAAUAAGGGUUAUGUAGCUAAGAUAGUUGAUGAGAAUACGAUUCAGGAUCAUUCCAGUUGGGCCCCAUGCAAAUCACCAAAGCUGGUCUUCCUAAAGG